GGAGGAGAAAAGUGGAAUAGAAGAGGAGGAAGGAGAGAAGAGGAAGAAAAGAAUCGGCGGAAGGAAGAGAGAAAAGAGAAGAGAAGAGAAAGAAAAUUGGAAGGAGGACGGACGGACGUGGAGUGGUCGUGGAGAGACGGUGUUGAAUCGGUGGAAACGGAAACGCGAAUGGCCGAGAACGGUAGCAGGGUGUACCCGAUUACGACGGCGGUCCAUCUUGCGGGCGAGAUCGAUCCUGAAACAGCGGCACCGGCUAGUUGGUAAUGGGGGGUUUAGGCGAGAAUGCCUUUUCCCUGUCGUGGUCGUGGUCGUGGUCGUGGUCGUGGUCGCCGUUCCAUACCGAUAUUACUUCCCUCUCGACAACAGGUACGUCCCGCCGUCGUGGUACGCGUCCGAUUCCCGUAUCUUCCCCUACGUGCCUACGUCGUCGUCGAUCCGAGACAAGGACACCUUCGCGCACCUUCCUCCCGUUCGAUCGUCGGACCUGUCGACCUCCUCGAAUCGGCUCCUCCUCCUCGGUCUCUCCUCGCUGUGAUCGCCGUGGUCGCGGUGCUCGCCGCGGCACGGGCAACCCUAGGAUCGGGGGCGAGCGUGGUGGCGGUAGCGGUGGCGAGUGCGAUCGCCGAUCCACCGGAAGAGGGAAGGUGGUGCUGCUCGAGCCGGGAGCGGAUCGAGAACAGGAGAGGAGGAGUAGCGGGGGAAGGAGGAGGAGGUGGUGGUGGGGGUGGAGGAGGUGACUCGCCGCCGAGAUGCACCAGGUGUCGGUGUACGGAGCAGGACUCGAUUCGAACGCAGAUCGAAACGAGAGAUUGUGGGAGAAGAUCGAGUACAGGGAUCGGCGUGCCGGUGAACGACGACAAUCUUCUUCCUCGGCCUCGACGGCUUGCGCCGAUUCCCCCGCCGAUCGAUCGCCACCAUGCCGAUCUUCUCGCUCCUCGCUCCCCUCUACCAGAGUUUUAUUCAGAUACAGAGGGUCCCUCGUACCUUCCAACGUUUUCCUCAUAGGGUUGGCGCUGUGUUGUCUAACCUUCUCCCCCGUACAACCCCGACAAAAUCAUCAUCAUCAAACUUGUCCGGGUUGUCCGCACCAGCAUCAACAACAACAACAACAGCAGCAGCAACAACAACAUCAACAACAACAUCAACAACAGCAGCAGCAACAGAGAGAGGAAGAGGAGCGACAAGAGCAACACAUUCGUCGGGAGACGCAUGAGAGGGGGGGCGGUGGUUGGGAAAGAAAGGAGGAUACCGCCGCGCCCACCCCGGACGACUUGAGAUUGGAGGCUAUCAAGCAUCAAAUCCUGACUAAACUCGGGCUAAGAGCGCGGCCCGAUGUGAAUAGAACUUUGGCCACGGUACCCAGGCAUUUGGCUCUCGAGACGUUGUACAGGGCCGAGGCGCAAUUCUCCCGCUAUCCGUUGCCCGACAAUACGAGAAACGAUCGUCGCAACGAGAACGUUUACUCGACCGAGUUUCUUUACGGUGGCAACGAGUAUUCGUAUUCGAGGAAUCUCGAUCAACGAGCGGACGACGAGGACUCUGCCAAGGAUAACGGGAGAAUCGCUUCAUCUUAUCGCGGGUACGAGGGGGGAGAAGGCGAGGAUCGAGAACCGGAAGAAGAGAUAGACGACUUUUACGCGAGAACCUCGGAGAUCAUCACGUUCGCCGAACCUGGUAAGUAUCCUCCCUUCCGAUCGAUAUCCGGAUCGAUAUUCGCACGAUAUUCGGUCGAGUCGAAGCGCGCACGCGCGCGCAACCUUCGCACAUCUUAG